GAUUUGUCUGGCUUUUUUGGGGGUUUUUUUUAGCACACAAACAAAUUAUAUUUUUUAAAAAAUGCAAUGGGGUUCCAGAUUUGUUUUAGAUUAUAUCUCUCACAGUGAACAUUCACCUAAGAUGAAGAUCUUAAAACCCACCAUGGUUUCUAAGUGGGAGCACUUGCUAAAUCAGAUUUUUUAAAUGCUUAUUUGCAUUACUGUACUUUUUUUUUUUUACAUGUUGCUUUUUUAUACAAUAUAUUACGAUAUACGAUUUAUUGAAUUGUCUGAAUUAAGGCGAAAGGAUUUAUUAAAUUGCAUAAUCAUAUAACAUAUUGGAUGGUCAAAUAAACUGUACGCUGAACUGUACGGAAGUUGAAAAAGAAAAAAAAACCCUGUAAUAACAUUUUUUUUCAAACUCCUGCCCAUAGGGGGCGGUAAUGCCUCCAACCCGGGUGUAACAUGAAGGCAACCUCUUCCGGUUAGUUUCCGAUCUUCGUUUAGGAAUGUUUUUUUUUUUUUUCUUGCAGUAGUACAGAUUUGGAUGUUUAAAAAAAAUCUAGUAGGAGGACAAAUCGAUGGAAAUCUUCAUAGUCCAACUUUCAAUGAGUCGGUAUGUAUAUCUGUAAAUGUCCAGAACAGCUACGAAGGAAAUUAGGACGGAUAAACGCCCACACUCGUUUAAUAAAAUACUAUUUCAUACGCAGUGCCACACGUUGUCAUGGUAACGGGUGCUGAUGCUGCAAGACCUCGUUCUGCAGCAGAGGGAGGAGUACAUGAUGAAUGGCAGCUAUAAGCAGGAGAGAAUGUCCAAUCUGGACCAAGCAGAACCAGAGCCUCCACAGAUUAAAGAGGAACCAGAGGAACUGUGCAUUCAUCAGGGAGGAGAGCAGCUGGUCGUGAAUCAAGAGACUGAUGUGAAGGUGGAGAUCGACUCUAAUUGGGAAGAAACAUGCAAACUCUAUAAAAAUUCGAAGUCUGAGUUCAAAGAAUUGUUGGAUAACCAGCAUCAUCUGAGGAAUAUCAUCAGGAUUCCUGUUGAAAAGGUCCAAGGAAUAGAUCUCUCAGAGAACCACACUUGGGAAGAGGAGACUUAUGAUGAGCAGCUUCUCUGGAAGCAGGAGAGGAGCUCCAGUCCGGAAGAGGAGAAACCAGAGCUUCCAGAGAUCAAAGAGGAGUGGGAGGAGGUCUGCAUCAGUGAGGAAGAAGAGCAGCUUGAGCUGAAGGAGGAGAAUGAUGCUUUUAGGGUCACUGAGUUUAACCAGGAAAGCUUUGACAUCAAACCAGAACCAAGUGAGAGUCCAGUUCUGGAAGUGAACACUCAUAUCAGAAACAGUGAUGCUGUGACUGUCCAGCUGGACCCUCCUUCACACGAGAUCUUACAUUCCUGUGAAACAUGUGGAAAACAUUUUAUUCAACGUGGUCAUUUAACAAUUCACAUGAGAACUCACACAGGUGAAAGACCUUUUACUUGUGAAGUAUGUGAAAAAAGUUUCAUUACAAAUAGUAACUUAAAAGCCCACAUGAGAACUCACACAGGUGAGAAGCCUUUUAAUUGUAAAGUAUGUCCAAAAAGUUUCCUGACAAGUAGUGAAAUGAAAAUCCACUUCAGAACUCAUACAGGUGAAAAACCUUUUUUAUGCAAAGUAUGUGAAAGAAGUUUCACUACAAGUAGUGCCCUGAAGGUCCACAUGAGAACUCACACGGGUGAGAGGCCUUUUUUAUGUGAAGUGUGUGAAAAGGGUUUUCUAACAAGUAGUGAAGUAAAAAUCCACAUGAGAACUCACACAGGUGAAAGACCUUUUUCAUGCAAUUUAUGUGAAAAAGGUUUUACUACAAAAACUGCGUUAAAUGUCCACAUGAGAAGUCACACGGGCGAGAGGCCUUUUUCUUGUAUAGUAUGUGGAAAAAUUUUCACUACAAGUAAUGCCUUAAAAAUCCACAUGAUAACUCACACUGGUGAAAGGCCUUUUUCUUGUAUUGUAUGUGGAAAAAGUUUCAUACGAAGUAGUCACCUUAAAGCCCACAUGAGAACCCACACAGGUGAAAAGCCUUUUUCAUGUGAAUUAUGUGAAAGAAGUUUCACGACAAGUAGUCACUUAAAUGUCCACCUGAGAAGUCACUCGGGUGAGAAGCCUUUUUCGUGUGAAUUAUGUGAAAAGACUUUCCUUACAUGUGCUGAAUUAAAAGUCCAUUUUAGAACUCACACAGGUGAAAAGCCUUUUACAUGUAAGGUAUGUGAAAAAUGUUUCACGACAAGCAGUUGCUUAAAAGUCCACAGGAGAACUCAUACAGGUGAAAAGCCUUUUUCUUGUAGUCUUUGUGAAAAACAUUUUUCUAGAAGUAGUUCCUUAAAAAUCCACAUGAUGACUCAUGCAGGUGAGGGGUCUUUCUCAUGUAAAGAGUGAAAAAGUUUCAUUCCAAGUAAUCAUUUAAAAGUACAAAAAUAAUAACAUGGAGAUGUGGAGGACCUUUCACUUGGGAGAAAAAAGCUUUUAUCCAGGCAAGAAAUUUGACCCGUUACAUAAACCUUCAUACAGGUGACAAGCUUUUACUUGUAAAGUAUGUGAAAAAAAGUCGUAUUUGCAGUUUUAAUAUAAAACUUCAAAUGAGAACUUAUUCAGAUGAAAACCCUUUCUCGUGUGAAAUUUGUAAGAAAGCUUUCAUCAACCUAAAAAGUUAGACCUGUUUUUACAUGAGAACUUACACAUGUAAGAAGCAGAACUCUUGUAAAACAUUGGGAAAAAAGUUUUUUGCAUCUUUUAACUGUCCACAUGAAUGUUUAUGCACAAGUGAAAAGGUUUUUUUUCUAUAAAUUAUCAUAUAUCUUCUAAAAUUGACCUAUUAUUGACACCCAUUCCAACAAAGGACAAAUAUGAAGAAAUGCUGCAACAAAUAGAAACACCGGCUCCCUUAAAUGUGGGUCUGUGGCAACCGUCAAUCUCAACUGCAUGUUGGGACUGAGCAGAACAUGAAAAUAGCAUCUUUGACAUCGAUGUCCAAAUUGCCACCCUAAUCCUUAACAACUAAAAACGAUAUAGUGUGGGACUAUCUAGUACCCUGGAUUUUAAAAGCAAUUCAGACACCAUGCUCUCUCGCUACUUUUCUUUCUUUUUUUAAAUGCCUAAUAUGACGAAACCGAUUUCACAAAGAUAAAAUCUAAUCAUUACGAACAGUUCACAAUGUGUAUUUGUGACUUUACGGUUUCCUGAUGAUGAAAAUGUGGACAGUUUAUUUAAAAAAUUAAAUUUCAACAUGUUUUUUUUUUUUUGCACAAAUUGUUUGACUGGAAUGCAUUAAGUUUAAAUGUAUUUCAUUUAUAUAGCGUCCUCAAAUGACCUCAGGCCAAACAAGGUGCUGUACAUUAAAAGUUCAUUGGGAUCUAUAUUUGCUAAUGUAGGAAGCAUCGAAGCACACUGUUUUUUUUACAAAGACUUAUGGGAAAUUUCUAGGGCACUCGAUUUUUGAAUUGUAGAUUUGGAUAGCACUUCAAAAUGGCGAAUGCACUAUAUAGUGAGUAGUGAAUGAAUUUGGACAUAAUCAUUAAUCCUGUCCUUUGACCAGGAAAGAAGGGGAUUACGUGACUUAUUAUUAGCCCUGCCGCUGUAAAUAUCAUACCAUUCCAUAUUUCACUGUCAACUGAACCCUGUUUACUCAUCAUGAGGCAAACUUUCUUCAUGUUUUAAAUACCAGCAACACCAUUGCCUUUAUUGUAAGAUAUACGGAUUGCAGAAACUUAUUUAUUGAAAGUGAUGCUUUGACAGCUCAUUCUACACUUCACAGAUUUGAAGAACUAUAGUUUUAAAUAAUGAAAUGUAAAAUGUUGUUAAUUUGUUUUAAUAAAUAAAGCAAAGCUUUUAAAAUAGUGCAUUUUUUUUAUCCAUAUCCCAUCUUUGUAAAGUAAAUACAGGAUUUACAACAAUGGGAGAUGGAUUUCACAUCGAGUUUUUUUGGUAAUAGAUUACCAAUUCAUUGAAUGUUGUGAGAUUUUGCAUUAGAGUAUGAAAGUACAAAAUUAUUUUCUUCUAUUUUAUGUGUGAUUAACUGUACGUAAAUGUCAUUGCUGUUGUAAACUGCUGAUGAAGGCUGGAAAUAUUAGUGCCUGAAUUUAUCUUCAAACAAAUGUGGAUACUCUGUGAUAAUAAUAAAAACAUACACAACAAGAUG